GACAAGUAAUAUAGUAACUUGUUUUAGAUAUGGUGAAAAAGGUCAUUAUUUCAGAGACUGCUUUACAGAAAAAGAAAUACCAGUUCUCUAUAAAGAAAAAUCCACUCAACUCACUAGGAUUGUAAAAUGUAAAACCAAGGCAUUGUUAUAG